AUUUGGAAAGUCGCCUUGUACAGAACUUACAGGAUGGAAAGAGAACAUACACCCAAUUUGCCGGGCGCAUUCUCUCGAAUACAUUCGGCUAUGUAAUGAGCUCUAUUCCCACCCCGAAAAUAGCAAGGCACAAUUCGUCCACAUCCAUACCAUGGAAGAUCAAACGAACGCCAGCAAAGUUCCUGCUUGCAGCAUCUCCGAGCCUGAUCUAAGUCGACGGACCGAUGAGAACGCAUCAAAACCACCUCCCAAUGGUUUCUUACGUCGGGCUGGAUCGAGCGUGUUCCAAAGGGCGACAAGCUUUGUGUCGAGAGGCAAACAGGCAAAUCUCGAAGAAGACAACAUGCGAUUUGACGGUGCGUGCAUCGAGAGCACAGCUGCGAUGAAUACAAAUCUAGGACCGCAAGAGCACAGGGAACUCCCAGAAGCGCGGAAGACCAGUCCAGGCCUUUACGUCCAAUGCAGUGACUACUACUCGAGGUUAGUGUUCCUCGUUCUCUCGCUGGAAAUCGAAACUAAAAACUCCUCCUGUUUCGGGCGAAGGUGCGUGAAUUCGUUUGGUAGAGAAGGAUCACAGCUCGUGAAAUCUCUCAUCUCGCCGCAACUGCCUCCAAUGAUGAAAAUGUCCGGCCGCAAGCCGCAAGCCCAAAGAGUGGGGGAAAAUGAAUUUAAAGGCAAAUUGUUUUAA